AUAUAUAUAUAUCUCCCUUCGUUAAUGCUUAACUAUUGUAUGAUGGAAGUCGUCGUCUCGUUUCCCUGUUUCAUCCUCUUCCUUCUCCUCUCCUCUGCGACGGUGGCCUUUGCCCAGAACUACUCCGAACACCUGCAUUUCUACUUCCUAGAACGCGUCGCGGGUUCCCCCAACGCGACGGCAGCGGUGUCAGUGAACCUCCACCCGGAAUCCUCUGUCGGAGGCUUCGGCAACAUCGGGGUGAUGGACGACAUUCUCCUCGAGGGGCCCGAGCCUAGCUCACCGGUCAUUGGCCGAGCGCAAGGGCUCGUCGUCUACUCAGAUUUAACAGGACUUAGCGCGACGACGGCAGUGAACUUAGCGUUCACCGCUGGGGAGCACAACGGGAGCUCGUUGGCCAUGUUCGGGAGGUACGAGCAGGGAAGAGUGUCGGACCGGAGCAUCAUAGGAGGAAGCGGACAGUUCCGGCUGGCCAGGGGCUACGCCCUGAGCCAACUGGUCGAUGCCACGGCCACCACAGUGACUGCUGAGUUCGAUGUUUAUAUCAUAUAUCCUUGAACCUUGAUGAACAUUUCUUCUAUUAAGUAUUAAGGUUCUUAUAUGCCAAUAAAUUAAAAGAACAUUGGAUGAUAAAGGAUCAACUUGAGAGAUUGUAAUUAGUUGAUAUAUAUAUCGGAGUUAAUAUGGGUAAAUAUUACCGUUAUUGUUAAUAUAUACAUGCGGACAUGCGGUUAAA